GGAAGAAGUCGUGAAACGGUGGGAGGGAAAGACAAAAGUAUUGCGGAAUACGGAUUUUUCGUACUGAAUAUCAGCAUUCCUGACUUUAUUUUUUACGUGUUUUUUGCCAGCUUUGAAAAGAGCAGGAUUCGAAGGAGAAUUUGGAUUUUUGUUUCACGCUUUUGGGAAUGCUUGUGUUUAUUUUUUCAGUCGAAUUCUGGAAUGAAUUUUCAGGGCCGACUUCGUUUGGGCGAAUCUAAGUGGAACGAAGUGCGAGAAAUCCUUGGGAGUGGCUUACACCUAUUGUGUGGUACUGGGGAGGGAUCAAAGCUUUCAAUGCUUUUCGACUUGAAAAAUAUCAACUAUUUUGACCUCUAACGUCGUUCAAACGACGAGGUCAACUGCUGAUGCAGCUGAAAGGAUAUGCUGGUGUCACUUCUCAGUGUGGUACAGCACCCAGUCUCGUGAGUGUGACUUCCGGGAAUAACCAUGUCGGUGAAAAUAUGUUUCGGUGAGAACAUGAUGCGUGGUUGACCAAGUUUUCCGCAGAGUGCAUGAGAAAAAUGCAGUUGAGAGAAAGUGCUAUGAACCCAGGUUCCCCAACAGCAGCAGCAGCAGCUUCCACACGUGCUGAUCCCAGAGCGGUUCAAAAAAAGCCGUCUCUAACGGAACCCAACAAGUUCAAGCGCCACGUGCUGGCCUUGGACGUCGGCACUUCCUCCAUCCGAUGCUUUGUGGUGGACGACAAGGGCGCCAUUGUGGGUGGCGCCCGGGAACCCAUCCGGGUUCUAAGCCCCGGUCCGGGCUUGGAAGAAAUCGACCCGGACCACGUGUGGCAGGAUUCCGUGCGCGUGGUGAAGAUGGCGCUGGCGGAUGCACGCCUAGCGCCAUCUGACGUCCGAGGUCUCGGAAUUUCUGUUCAACGUGGCACGUUCACCACGUGGGACAAGAAAACUGGCAAGGUGUUUCAUAAUUUCGUCACUUGGCGGGAUUUGCGGGCUGCACAACUCGCUGAUAGUGCCAAUAAAUCUGCGACUCUCAGGGCUGUCAAAUGUGGAGGAACAUUGCUGCAUUUUUUGACGAGAAUGCCAAAGUUCAUUGUUGCCUCCAUCCUUCGAUUCCGGUCAAACUUCACAUCCGUGGUGCUGUCGUACAUGCUGACGAACCACGUGGAACUGAGGAAAGCCGUCGCCGAAAAGAACGUUUGUUUUGGCACGAUCGAGUCAUUUCUGGUGUACCGAUUGACCGGGGGAAAAGUGCACGCCAUGGACUAUUCGUGCGCAUCAGCCACGGCCAUGUUUGACCCUUUCCUCCUGAAAUGGAGUGACCUGGUCUUGCAGAUGCUGGGUGUGCCCAAGAGCAUCUUCCCGGCGGUGUUGCCAACGGCGCAUCGGUUCGGGUUCACCGACGAGUCCCUGUUUGGGGCUCCAAUUCCCAUCUGUUGCCUGGUCGGCGAUCAAACGGCGUCCCUUUUCGGGUCCUGUUCAUUCUCCCCGGGCGACGUCAAACUCACCCUGGGCACCGGCGGGUUCAUCAGUUGCAAUACCGGCACGUUAGCGUACGCCAACCUCUCUGGCAUCUACCCACUCUGUGCCUGGAAACUCGGCGAGUCAGAACCCGUCAUCUACGCUGCAGAAGGUGGCAACUCUGACACGGGCACUGUCAUUCAAUGGGCAGUUCGAGCGGGUUUAGUGGCUAAUCCUGGAGACACGGAGAGACUCGCGGAAUCCGCGCCGGUGUCCACGUCUGAACGACUCUUUUUCGUGCCGGCGUUCAAUGGACUCCACGCCCCGGGGCUGAGGGACUCGCAGGCUGCAGCCGGGUUCAUUGGGUUGCUGCCGUACAUGACGCAGGCGCAUAUGGUGAGGGCCGUGUUGGACAGUGUGGCCUACAGGUCGUAUCAGUUGUGCUGUGCUAUUCACGAUGAUUACGAGGCUCGAAGGGAUCGACGACGUGGCAGGAACAGGCCGAUCAAAGUUGAUGGUGGGGUCUCUCAAAAUGGAUACAUAAUGCAACUUUUGGCUGAUCUCUGCGGAAGGAAAUUGAUUUGCAGCAUGGAUUAUGAAUCUGCUGCCCUGGGAACUGCAUACAUUGUGGGACUUCAGACGAAGCUAUGGGAGUCUGAAGAAGACCUGAAGAAAUUCUACCGGCCCGGGAAAGUAUAUUUGCCGAAUCCGUCGAAUCGUGCGCAAGUUCAGCGCAAUUUCCGCCGCUGGCAAGACGCAGUGUGUCGAUUUGGCAGUUGGUACAGUGGAAUUGAGCGUGAAGAAAUGCUGCGUGUGCCGUCAGUGUCGACUAGCUUCGACAUCGACACUGUGUCAGAGAAUAACGACGGCAAUCAAGAAAGCCCCUAUCGACAGUUGCCAGUGUCGUCUUUGAGAAAACAAUCGUCAUCCGGGGACUCGUUGGCUUCCAAAGGCCAACAACUCAAGGAUUUUUGCAAGGCUCUCAAACGCGGUGGUGAACGGGAUUUCUGAAAUAUAAAAUGAUUCAUUUUCCCAUAUUACCGUCCAAAAUUUCAUUUUUUGUGUCGUCGUUUCGAAAAUUUUAAUUCCGCGAAACGCCAGAUUUCGACGACGGAUGGGACGGGAAGUGCAAACAAUAAACGAGUGUGUUUUUUUCUUUGUUGGGUGAAAGAAAUGAAAAAAAAAGUUUUUAUCUCGA